CAUGAUUGCCAUCCGCUAUAAGAAGCACUCCGAAGCCACUCCCUUUCCUCAUCUCUCUCACACUAGCCCAUCUCUCAACUCAUCGACCAAGCUAAGCUCAGGCGUCAUCAAUGGAGGGCAAGGAGGAGGACGUGCGCCUGGGCGCGAACCGCUACUCGGAGCGCCAGCCCAUCGGCACGGCGGCGCAGGGCGGCGACGACAAGGACUACAAGGAGCCACCCCCGGCGCCGCUCUUCGAGGCCUCCGAGCUCACCUCCUGGUCCUUUUACCGCGCCGGCAUCGCCGAGUUCCUGGCCACCUUCCUCUUCCUCUACAUCAGCGUGCUCACCGUCAUGGGCGUCGUGGGGAACCCAUCGGGUUCCAAGUGCGGCACGGUGGGCAUCCAGGGCAUCGCCUGGAGCUUCGGGGGCAUGAUCUUCGUGCUCGUCUACUGCACCGCCGGCAUCUCCGGCGGGCACAUCAACCCGGCGGUCACCUUCGGGCUCUUCCUGGCCAGGAAGCUGUCCCUCACCAGGGCCGUGUUCUACAUGGUGAUGCAGUGCCUCGGGGCCAUCUGUGGAGCUGGCGUGGUGAAGGGGUUCCAGACGACCUUGUACAUGGGCAACGGCGGCGGCGCCAACUCCGUCGCGCCGGGGUAUACGAAGGGAGAUGGUUUGGGGGCGGAGAUCGUGGGCACGUUCGUGCUGGUGUACACCGUGUUCUCGGCCACUGAUGCCAAGCGCAGCGCCAGAGACUCCCACGUGCCCAUCCUGGCGCCGCUGCCGAUCGGGUUCGCGGUGUUCCUGGUGCAUCUUGCGACGAUCCCCAUCACUGGCACCGGCAUCAACCCGGCGAGGUCCCUCGGCGCCGCCAUCAUCUACAACAAGAAGCAGUCAUGGGACGACCACUGGAUCUUCUGGGUCGGCCCGUUCAUCGGCGCGGCCCUCGCGGCCAUCUACCACGUGGUGGUGAUCAGGGCAAUCCCCUUCAAGAGCCGCGACUAGUCAACCAGUCAGUCUGUCGACCACGGGAAUCUUUGCUGUUCAUCAAGCAACAAGCGUGAUGUGUGUGUAUAUGAUUUCAAUGAUCACUAUGGUGUGUGUGGAGUUGAUCUAGAUGGAUCUAAACCAGCUAGAUGGCGAUGCUGUCCCUUGAGUUACUCGUGUUGCACUCCCCCCUCGAUUGGUAGUACGUGUUCCCUUGUAGGUUGAAUUGUGCUCCUGACCUACGGGUACUUUAUAUAUGCAUCUUGUCUUGAUA